AUGCCCCACACCCGGCGCAAAAAACACCCCUCCAACCAGGACAAGCGCCUCCAAGUCACUGACGACUCCGGCUGGACGCACGUCACGACGACCAAGCACGCGCGCCGCUUCCACCGUCAACCAAACUCGAAACAAGACCAGAUCCAGCGCGACGAGGAGGCCCUCGAACCCCUCGAGCCCGCAGAAGCUCCGUCAAAAACCUCACUCGCUGACCUCCAUCGCCAAUUGCGUCUCUAUCGCGAACGGUGGGAGGGGUCCACGACUUGGGAAUGCGCCGUGCGGGGCUUGCAGCGCGCGUUUCCGUGUUGCGAAGACAAAAGCGCUGGUGAGCCUGAAAUCAAUGCCGAUGCCGAUGCCGACACCGAUUUGCAUUCCGGAGUCUCAGUCGUAUGCAUCGGCCUUGGAAGUCCGAGCGGAUUCCUGCGCGGAGGUUGGGUCGAUCGUCGCGCUGUAUCGAUGUACCAAUUAGCCGCGCUGGGAAGUAUAAUAAGCUGGAUAGAAAAGAAUACCGCACCGAACACCCUGAAAGCCUUUGCACAAGACCCAGUCUUCAAUAAACACGACACCGAGCUUCUCAACGACCUAAAUAUAACCGUCCUCGCGCACCCAUCAGCAUUCGAGAAAGUCACCCCUCGAACCUUUCUCUUUUGCCCCGGUGCGGAACGGCGACAUCUCGAGAUCCUGCUUGCGCGUGAUCCGGCAUUCGUGUUUGGAGGUCCACUCGAAGAUAUCGAUUCGGAGGUUGUGAGGGGAUUUGUCGCGAAAAGGGAGUCUGUGCAGUUGGCUAGGUUUGAGGAGAUGGAGACGGCGUUCUGGGGGAUGAGCGUUUAUUAUCCUCCGCAGGCAUCAUCGGAUGGGUGA